ACUCCAAAUUUCCUACAGACCCUCGGGGCUUUUCCCCGCUUGCAAUAUCCACCAAAGGCUUCUCCCAUCUGACUUUCGCUUGUUAGACAGGAAUCAGUCACGUUAGACAAGCUAUUUGCUCCAAUUCACUGAACAGGUAGCACCAGAAGCAAAAUUAAGCCUUACCCUCAACUUCGUGCACAGUCGCCGGCGUUAAGUGGGGUGUAACGGUUGAGGUUUGGGUUUGACAGCGUGUGACGUUGGACUAAAAAGAACAGCAUUCCGUUUAUUGUGAUAUCGACGUGUCUUCUGUAUCUGCCAGGCCCACGGUCUUAUCAGGAUCACCUAAGACUGCUGAGGUAUUCCAAAGCUUAGGAAGGUUGACAGACACUGAAGUGCAUAGCGGCGGGAAGCAACCCCUGCGCAUGCUAUUGAGCUAGCUUGUCACUUGAAUGCCCAGAGCUCGUUGGGGGAAGUUCUUCUGUUAGGCGAUCUCCAAGGAGCAAGUCAAGAAAAAUCAGCGGCUGCGAUCUGAUGCAUCACAGAUAGCAAGAUUCGAUCUCAUUUAUAGAAGUGAACCGAAAAGGUUGCAGCAGCUCCCAGCAUUCGCACCGAGAGAGAGAGAGAGGAGGGAGGACGUUGAGUCAAGCCGAGGGAGAAGUUAAAAGUACUGGUGAAUACAUUCAAGUGAGCCCCCCUCACAUGGAAACCUGAAGGAGAAAAGGGAAGAACGGUGCAUAUCUUGUGGAACUUAAAAGAUAGACAAUGGUUCGAUUACUUAUAUUAGUGACAACACUUCUCCUUCAAACGGUCGAGCCACAGAGCCUCAAUGAGAUUGGCCUUGGCACCCCUGCUAUAUGUCCAGAAGUGAGGCCGGGAGAAGACGAUCUUCCAGCCUUCGAUUUUAUUUCAACAUACGGUUUAGACAGUGCGGCCAGAUUACCAGGAGUAAAAACAAUACGCGGUUCCAAUGAAUUCCAGAAGGCUUACAGGAUAGGUAGAAAGGCCGAUUUUAGCAUUCCUACAUCGGCAUUGUUUCCACAUGGACUGCCCGAGCAGUUUUCCUUCAUAAGUACAAUUCGGAUGAGUUCUAGGACAAGGAAAGAAAACUGGAAUCUUAUACGUGUUGAAGACCUUUAUUCCAACCCACAAUUUGGUGUUAGAAUUAAUGGACGAGACAAAACUAUAGAAUUUUACACUCUCGAUUAUGCUGGAUCUGUACAAACUUUAGUAUUUAAAACCGCAGCUAAGAUUUUUGACAAGCGUUGGCAUAAAAUCCAUAUGAGCGUUACCAGGGGGACAGUUAGACUGUAUGUUGACUGCCAACCAAUGGAAGAGCUGCCUCUAGAACCUCGGGGACAGAUUGACGUGAACGGCCAUAUAGUUAUGGGGAAGAGAGAGGAAGACGGUGCUCAGUUAAACUUUGAUCUCCAAUGGAUGGUCGUACACUGUGAUCACACUGCGCCGAUGCGAGAUCAGUGCACUGAACUCCAGCGGCCAACCACCCCCGCGCCAAACACAACGACACCGGUCCCAAAAGUCAAUGCCACGGAGCCAGUUAGUACCGUCAAUGAAACUGAUGUGGAAGGUUUGUCGUCAGAGUUCCCCGAUCCCAGUGCCACCACGGGACAAUACGUCACGCCAGAUUACAUCGACUAUGACGUCACUGACCCUUUUAAUGUCACAGACUGGAUGACAGAGAUUAAAAUCACGAUGUCAAUGACGGAUAAGAAUGAUACUGAUGGCGAGGACGGUGAUUCCAAUGGUGAUGGUGGCCCAAAUGGGGACGGAGAUGGAGAUGGUGUUGGUGACGGUGAUGGCGAUGGCGAUGGCGAUGGCCACAAAGAUGAUGGAGAUGGCAUAAAUGGCGAGGAUACUGGUCCCGAAGAUGGACAAAAUGGUAGGCUAGAGGGGCCAAAUGGAGAAGGUGGCCCAACCCGUGGUACACUUACCGGCGGUGACACUGAGGGAGGCCCGGGCACUGAUGACGGUCCCGGGGGUCCAAACGGAGAAGGAAUUCCGGACCGUGGAACACUUACCGGCGGUGACACUGAAGGAGGCCGGGGCACCGAUGGCGGUCCCGGGGGUCCAAAUGGAGAAGGAGUUCCGGACCGUGGCACACUUAUUGGUGGUUACUCUGAGGGAGGCCCAGGCGGUCCUGGGGGUCCAAAUGGAGACCCUGGGCCUGGAGAUGACUAUAUUAGUAGUAGAAUUACGUCAACGCACGCGUCUCUCUUUCAAGAGUUUGAGGGAGAAUCCACCCCACCCACGGGUGAAGGGAGAGAGCCUCAGGAGAAGCCGACGCCUAGCGGACAGUGCGAGGUUGUGUGCCCAGCAGGUCCACCGGGCUAUAACGGAUCACAGGGAGAACCAGGACCCCGGGGAUUUCAGGGACCACCCGGAGAGAGGGGAGAGCAGGGUCAACCUGGAGAGCAAGGGUUUGUGGGAGAACCCGGACUACCGGGCAAGGACGGUAAACCUGGAGAGCAAGGUCCAAGAGGAGAGCCAGGUAUACCCGGAACAAGGGGAGCGCCGGGUGUCGCGGGACCAGAGGGCCCUCCAGGAAGACCCGGCGAGAGGGGCGAGCCUGGAUUGCGCGGUGCUGACGGUGAUCCUGGGGCCCCUGGGAUGAAGGGAGAGCAAGGAGAGGAAGGAAAGCGCGGUCCACAGGGUUUAGUAGGACCGCCGGGACAAGUGGUCGAAGGAGCAAGAGGACCUCAGGGAGAGAUUGGACCACAGGGGUUGCCUGGUCUUCCAGGUGAUAGAGGCAGCCCAGGACCACGUGGAGAAACAGGAAUGAACGGAGAAACGGGAUCACCAGGAAGAGAUGGGGUUGAUGGAAAGGAUGGAGACAGAGGAAGACAGGGAACUAAGGGAGAAAAGGGUACCCCAGGUCGAGAUGGCAGAGAUGGAGCUCCCGGGCCCCCAGGGCCAGCUGGCACGCCCACUGAAACCAGCAAUGUAAUCAGUGAAAUACCUCCACCCAUCCCGGGCCCACCUGGCCCCCCUGGUCCCCGUGGACUGGAUGGCUUGAAGGGCCAAAAGGGUGACUCUGGCGAGAUAGGACUGCGAGGAGAGGCUGGCAAAAGGGGUGAAAGAGGUGAAAAGGGGGACAGAGGGUUGCAAGGUCUUGUUGGAAAUCCUGGAGUCCCUGGUGAAAGAGGAGAAGUGGGAAGGGAUGGAAACAAAGGAGAACCGGGUCAGCCAGGUCCCCGUGGUGUAAUUGGUGUCGCAGGUCCAGCAGGUCCAGAGGGAGAAAGAGGACCAAUUGGUAAACCAGGACAGAAGGGAGAACCUGGUGUGCCGGGUAAGCCUGGCCCACCAGGAGAAGUAAAACUUAAGGAUAUGGCAGAUCUCCAAGGCGCUAUGGGUCCAGCUGGGCCACCAGGUCCCCCUGGUAAACCAGGCACAUCAGGAGACAGAGGUCUGCCAGGACCUCCUGGAUAUCAGGGUCCUCCAGGAAAAGAUGGAAAUCCAGGCCGACCAGGUCAACCUGGUGAAGAUGGAUUGCCUGGUACAGAUGGUAAACGUGGCCCCAAGGGCGAUGCAGGACAAGAUGGAAUCAAAGGUCCACAGGGACCUCCUGGCAAUCCAGGUAAUCCAGGAAUCCCAGGACUAGAUGGCAGAAAGGGAGAUUCUGGACAGAGGGGUAGCCCUGGUCAGCCAGGGGCACCAGGAAAGAAUGGAGUGGCUGGCAGCCCAGGGCCACAAGGCUUGAUGGGAUUGCCUGGACAGCCUGGAGCACCUGGACAGCCAGGACCUGCAGGUCCACCUGGACCACCAGGCCCAGCUGGAGAACAGACCCUUAGUAGUGACUCCCAGGUUUAUCAGACUGAUACCUUAGGCUAUGGACCCCCAGGACCUCCAGGUGUAGCUGGUCCUACUGGUAACACAGGAAGGCCAGGUGAACGUGGUGCCCAGGGAGAGCGAGGACCCGCAGGAAACCCUGGAGCCCCAGGUAUCCCAGGGUUGGCUGGAACUCCAGGACCCCCAGGCCAGAGGGGUAUGCCAGGCCCCCCUGGAAUGCCAGGAAUUCCAGGAUUGCCAGCCAAAGAUUCCCAGGGAAGAAGUGUAAGUCAAGCAGAAAUCAGGCAAAUUGUCAUUGAAGUCUUGAAAGAACGUCUCGAUGAGUUGAAACGUGAGUUCCAGGGACCUCCAGGUCCUCAAGGAAUUGGAAAAACAGGAGACCGUGGACCUCCAGGCAUUCAAGGAAUCCCAGGUGAUCCAGGUCCUCGUGGUCUUAGAGGCGAGAGAGGCUACAUGGGACUCCCAGGCAUCCCUGGUCCUCCGGGAGAAAUGGGUGUGAAGGGUGAGACUGGUGAGAAGGGUGAUAGAGGUCUGCAAGGUGAAGGCAGAGAAGGAAAACAGGGACCACCAGGACCAAGAGGUCCACAAGGUCCUCCAGGAAGGAGUCUGCCAGGUCGACCAGGUCCUUCAGGACCUCCCGGAAUGACCGGUCGCUCUGGCCGUCCAGGUCCCCCAGGUCAUCCUGGUCAGCCAGGCUAUUGUAACUACUGUAACUACCCUGGUGGUCAGAGUAGUGGACAGAGUAGUGGUGGGAUAAGACAUGCUGGGGCAGAGACGCCUGCCCAGUAUUUAAUACGUUAUCAGCAAGAGCAAGCUCAGCUAUAUAGACAAAACCACAAGGGUCCUCAAAAAUGAAGUAAACCACUUGAGGAUGAGAUUUAAUCCUUAUUAUCAGUAUUUGGUGCCUCAUUUGCUCACUGGCCAUGUCUGUUCCCUUCACUGGGAACAUGCACCACACUUGUGAUCUUAUAACUUAUCAAAUCUAAACACAGGGCUUCCAUUUCAUUUACGCCAAUUUAUGUGAGGGAUAGCACUUUUCUGGAUUCUAACCCAUUCAGUGAACUGUUUGCUCUUCAAAUAGUUGAUAUGAACUGGCUUAGAGUGCAGAAGAGGAUCUCUGUCACAUCUGUUCCUAUCACUAAUACUAUCACAAGGACAUGGCCAUGGGCAUUUUUCAUAAGAAAUCGUGCUGAGGUGACCAUUGCAGGCAAUGACUUUAGCUGCUCCGCGAGUCCAGUAAUGCAGGGUAAUUCCUCACCUUCGAUCUCAUGUUCUUUUGUUCCACGCUUGCUGAUAUGCAUGGAGGCACCACAAACUCUGAAGACUUUUCUUUACAGCAUCAUUAUCAUUGGUUACAGUAGUUCUUGCGUGCACUUUUUAUUUACUUCAAACUUUUGCAUUUGGGAAAGGCUUUUUAUGAACCGUAUUCACAAGGAUAAAGGUGGUAAAUUUAAUCAGAAUGAAUUGUAACUGUAAUAAGGACAAAGUAUUGAAACUAUAUAUAUUGAGGCCUAGGAGAUUAACUGACAGCAAAUUAAUUCACAGUUGCUUAUUUAAAUAGCCAUAUGUACCCCAUCCUCUUGAAUACGGUAUCGAGUUAGCUUGUAAAAAUUAUUGCACGAUAUCUUCUGAAUGCACAAAUCUAUCUCUCAAAGGAAUUGAUGAUUUCCAAACCAGUUUUUGUAGCAUAUUUAGAUUUUAGAUGGAUAUGGGACAAGUAGACAAAUACUUUUUUGUCAUGCGCUUUUCAUUUACAAUGAAUACUGGCAUGUUUUCUGAUACUUAUCUUUUAUAUAUAGCCCAAUCUGUAUACUUUUCAAAAGUAGCACUAGUUUCUUUUUUAUAUUACUGCACUUUUUCUACAUCUUAAAACUAUUAAACUUCUAUAUUAGCUUGGAGAAUUAUAGAUGUUUGGGUUAAACACUCAUUUUACACUGCUGAUGUAAUAAAUACUAUGCAAAUUGAUUAUAUAAUUUACAAAACAAAACAGAUACUUCGACAAGCAGCAGCUGAUUGUCUUGUCAAAUAAGGCAAAAGUGUAAAAUGAUUGUCCUGAUUUGGGGAAUAUCUUCUUUAUGAUGUCUUGUUUAGCAGGUCUAUUAGGUCUUGGUUGUGCACCAUAAUUGUAAAACUGCACAUACAUAUUUAACAUAUUACUAUUAGAACUGUUCUCGUUUCAUUUGUUCCCAGCAGAUGCAGAAGGUCACAUGCUCUCUGUAUCUUAGCAUUUUCUUUAUUAUGUAUACUUAGUAGUUAGACUAGUUAAACAUGUUGCUUUCUUGUAGAAUUUACUUUCCUAGAAAAGUAGCUGUCAUUCUGUUCUGAUUUACCUAUAACAAAACAUAUAUAUAUGCACUGUAGCACAGUUAAGCGAAAUUACUUUGCAUUAAGUGAUAGGCUAAAGUCAGAUAAUACACUUGUGUAAAUAUAAGAAUAUAAAUAUAUGUAUGAUUACAGACAAGUGUCAAAGGCUACAUGAAUUGGUGCAGCCAGGUUUAUUUCAUUAUUAAGGUUCCUUCUGUGUGUUUUAAGUCUUUGCGCGCCUAUGCAAAUCAGUAAAUAUUAUGUCUGUGAUGGGAUAAUGUUAAAUAUCUUGACAGCUACUUAUAAUGUUUAAUAAUAAUUCUGGCUUUCCCAAUGUUAAUUAGCAGACUAGGGUGUGAUGAAAUUGUUCAACUGUAAAUUUGAAAAAAAAAUUGUAAUGCUGCCAGAAAAUUGUUAUUUAUGAUCAACUCAGCACCUCAUCAGUUCCAAUAUGCUGCCAGUGUACAGGCGCUCCAGGUUAGUGAAAAUGGCAACCAUUAUAAUGCCAGACAUCAACAGCUGCUGUGACUGCCUAGCACUUCUAAGAACACAUCAGGCAGUCUUAAAUAUGCGUGGACUAUUAGGACGCAGUAUUAAAAAAAAGGAAAAAAAAUUCAACACAGAUGCAAUCAGCCUUCCACUGCCAUCAUUUGAUAUCAUAUAGCAAUUGUAUUUUAAUAGUGUUUUUCAAACUUUUGAGCCUUUAUUGUGCUUUCAGUAUUUUAUACACUAUAGUUAGAGGUAUUGUUGUGAAACUAUAUAUACUGUAGACAUUUAGUGUUAUAUCUGUGAUGUAAUACUGUGCUAAAACUCCACAUUUCCAAUAACGCAUUUUUAAAUGUUUUAUCAUGCAGGCCAAGUAAAAUUUGUGAAAUUUGCUUGCACACAUUGAAAGUAAUACAAUGGUAUAAAAUCUUCAUGUGCUACAUCAUAUGUUUACAAGUAGUUUUCCAUGUAGUGUAGCUAAAAUAUGAUAUACUUAAUGAGGAGUAUAAUACUUAACUAUGGAGUAUGGACAUAUAUUAAUUUGCUGUGCAGAAUUAUAAUUGUUUAAAGUAUAGAAUGCAUCAAAAUUGUUGCGGUGUUUUAAAGCACUAAUACAAAAACAGUUUACCCACUGUUUCUGAAGGGAAAGCAUUUUGAUGCUAUGUUGUUCUUCCUCUUAUUGCCAUAGAAUGUAUCCUGUAAGAUUUAUGCACAGUUUUGAAGCUUUGCUUUAAGCACUAUAUGUAAACGCUGCUGUUUUUUUAAUGAUAUCAUUUCAGUAAUAAUAAAUAUUUAUUAUGACUUUUGGCGCUGUUAAAAGGACGUUUCAUUAAAAAAAUAAAAACUUUCCUCAUAGGUUGACCAUACUGAAGUCAAUAAUCUUACUAGUUCACAUAACACCUUUACAGUGUAAAAAAGAGACAAUUAUGUCAUCUAAAAAAAUCAUACCAAAUGAACAGUCCUCUGUAUAAAUCAUACAGAGUUCCAAAGUUGUAAGUGUGGUGACUUUUGACUGAUUUAGAGCAGGUACUUAAACUAAGAUAUUUACAGACAUUUGAACACAAUUUUCAUACUGUAUAACUUGUAACACUUCUCGUGUUACAAAUUCAGCUUUAUGAUGUGAUAUCAACUUCAUA